AAAUCAUUCCUCUCGUGUUGUUGUUUCGCAGUCUAGGUGAGAUAGUAUGGGUGGCCAGAGAUCGGAAAUUGGAGACUCGGUGAUUCCAGUGACCGUUCUGGAUUCUCUCAGAGAAAGCCUCAGUUGUGUCGAUGAAUUGAAGGGAAAUAUCGAGCGCUUUCUGCUCUUAGCUGAGCCUGACGUACUCGCGGAGCUAACUCCUCUCCAGCGAGCGCGAGCUUUCCUUGUUAUGGCGACGUCGGCUUCAGCUCUCUUCUCAGUGAGAUUGAGCUGUAGCGGAAUUCGCACAGAUGAACACCCUAUCAGAACUGAGCUUGAGCGGCUGGGUUUGCAUGAAGAUAAGUUGAGGAAAUAUAAUGACUGGAACAAAGCACCAUUGCGGCCAUCACUGAAGUUAAAUCCCCAAGCAGCUACUAGAUUCAUUGAGCGGUCUUUACCUGAUUUGGCACCAGAGCAGAGGAAGAGUCUGCAUGAUAUUAGUAGAGGCAAGGGUGACAGGACAACAUCUUUCAUGACAAGUAGAGCAAAGAAGAAAACAAAGUACCAAUCUACUGAGAAGCCGUCUGUUCGUGCUGCUGCACAGGAGUUUCUUGAGAAGGCAGCAAGGGAGCUCUUCGGCUCAAAUGAUUUGAGUGUGAAGGGUCCAUUGCAGCACCUUAAUUCAGAUAAUGAAUACAAUGAACAAAUGGAUUAAUUGUUUUCUUUUAUGUUCAGGUAAAUCAUGCUCUUUUCUUUGCAAAGCAUACGGCAAAUUAUGUUUGAUCAUAAAUAUGCGUACUUUGGAGAGCUCUAAUUUUAUCAUAUUGAUCAUAUUUUUGUUGCUUUUGA